UAAGACUGCAGUGAAAAAUCUUUUUAGUUUACUAAAACGUUGUGUAACUGCUAGUCAUACAAAUACAUUUAGUAUAUCAGUCAUUAAAUAUCUAAAAACAGUCAAAACUCUCAAAUAAGGAGCAUAAUUUCUACCUGAAAUAUGGAGAAGGGCGAGUACCAAUCAUUUGCUGUGAAAUAUGAAGAAACAGAUGACGUAUAUUCAGCGAAAGCGUAUUAUUCUGAUGAUUACGAUGAGAUUGAUGAUGGAAAGUGUCCAAUGAUCAUUGGAGUUAUUCCAAAGAAAAUAAAUAUUAUCGAAGACGAAACAGAGAAGAAAAAUCUUGAUAGAAAAUCAGAUAAUCCAGCAGAAGAGAAUGCAGACAUGGCGUCACCCAGACCAAAAUCACCACGACCUCCUUUAUCUGCGAAAAAAGAAGAUAAAGAAGAAAGUUUUUGGGAAAAAAUUGGCACAUUAGGUCGCAAAAAGAGGAUUAAAGAAGUUCAAGAAGUCCAAGAAGAAGGUAAAUAUGCCAUCGAUUCUCCAGGAUAUGCAGCUAAUCCAGAUAUGCCACCAGAGGAGUAUGCUAUUGAAGAAAAUGAAGAGAGGUCCAUUAUUCAACCCGGUUCUUUAGAAGAUUCUAAAUUACAGGAGCUUAUUUUUAUCUUAAUUGAGUGGAUUAAUGAUGAAUUGGCAGAUCAGAGGAUCAUUGUUAAAGAUAUUGUCGAAGAUUUAUAUGAUGGACAAGUACUCCAAAAGCUAAUUGAAAAACUUACUGGAGAAAAACUUGAUGUACCAGAAGUUACACAAUCAGAAGAAGGCCAAAAACAAAAACUUGAGAUUGUUUUAUCAGCAGCAAACCGCAUAUUAGGACGAUAUCCACCAUACCAAUGGAGUGUUGAGUCAGUGCAUUCUAAGAAUAUUGUACCUAUUCUUCACUUGUUAGUGGGAUUGGCUAGGCAAUAUCGAGCUCCAGUACGUCUUCCAGAACGAGUUGCUGUUCAACUCGUUGUUGUACGCAAAAAAGAUGGUCAAUUGAUUCACAGAACAGUCAGAGAAGAAAUAACUUCCACAUACGAUGACUUAGGAAUGCGUUGUGAGCGUGAUGCUUUUGAUACACUCUUCGACCAUCCACAUGAUAAACUGCCAGUUGUUAAGAAAUCAUUAGUGUCAUUUGUUAACAAACAUUUAAGUAAAGUUCACUUAGAAGUUACUGAUCUAGAUACACAAUUUCACGAUGGAGUUUUUCUCACUUUACUUCUUGGACUUCUUGAAGGAUUUUUCGUACCACUUGGUAGUUUCCAUUUAACACCUAAGACACAUGAUCAGAAAGUUCAUAAUGUUUCUUUCGCCUUUGAUCUGAUGCAAGAUGUUGGACUACCUAAACCCAAAGCACGACCGGAGGACAUUGUAAAUCACGAUCUAAAAUCGACUCUCAGGGUUCUAUAUAAUUUAUUCACAAAAUAUAAGAGUCUCAAUUAAACUGUAGACACAAUGAAAA